AUUAUGGGCGAACGGCUUAGAGUUGCCUCGUGCAAUAUCAGGUAAUGUGGCCCAAAUACUGACCACUGGGGGGCGUGGACUAUUACAACAUAAUUUAGAGGUGUGCCGGCAGGUGUGUGAGGUGCCAGGUCAGGUGUGCCAGCGUUAGUUACCCCGUUAGGAGCGAUUCUAACACCCGCGUCAUCGGGGGCCGCCGGACCUGAGCCCAGCCCCGUACAGACAGUUUUUCUUACGUUGUGUCACUAAUUAUCGUUUGCAAGAGUCGCCACAACGCCCCACGCAUUCACUGUCGAUGGGGAAAGGCUUGCCUACACUGGCGUUAGCGUAGAUGAUAAACCACUACAUGCUUGAGAUGACCCGUUAACACCUCGCCCCGCCCCCACCUUCCUGGCCUGCCCGCCCCCUGGCAUAAAUUGUUUCCAGAAACCCCUAAAUGACCGACUCUUCCAUGCCUGAGAUGACCCGCCCUGCCCUGCGUCAUGACCUCCCGGCAUACAUUGGAGAUAAAGAAGAGGAGAGGAGAAGGAGACGGAGAAGCGACGGAAAAGGCACUCUCGCGGGUGACCAGCCUGGCAGUGACGGCGCCGGGCAGCCCUCAGGUGUGCGAGAGCUUCCGCGGGUCGCUGGUGAAGCAACAGGUGCGCUUCUGCAAGGAGAACCCGGUCUUCAUGGACUCGGUGAAGCGCGGCGCCAUCUGGGCCAUCGACGAGUGCCAGUUCCAGUUCAGGACGCGACGGUGGAACUGCUCCACGCUCAACGACGAUGCCAUUGAGGCGUUCAAGAAGGCGUUCAAGCCCAAGCCGCCGCCAGAGCCCGUAAUGGUGAGCAACAAGACCGAGAGGGCCGCCCCCAGCACCACCAGGCCUGACCUUCCCUUCCUCGUGGGCGCAGGAGGCGGAGGAGGAGGAGGAGGAGGAGGCGUAGCAGUGCCAGGGCUAGGAGGAGGAGGAGGGGAAGAGGGCGGAGGGGGAGGGGAUGAUUCUUCCCCCCAGACCCCGCCAGGCCGCCCCCCGAACCCCAGCCACUAUCAGAACACCUCGCCCGCCCGCCCCCCCGUGACCAGACAGAGGAGAGGAAGGAAGGCAAGGAAGAAGGCCAAACGAAAGAGGACCAGAGGAGCGGGAGGAGGAGGAGGAGGAGGAGGAGGGGGAGGAGGAGGAGGAGGAGGGGGAGGAGGAAUGGUCGGCCCCUACCCUAUUGUGCCCCAGGGCACACGCGAGGCGGCCUUCGUGCACGCCAUCUCGUCGGCGGGCGUGGCGCACGCUAUCACGCGGCGCUGCUCGUCGGGUGAGCUGGACGACUGCGGGUGCGACCGGUCCGUGCGGGGCGUGACGCGGCAGGGCUUCCAGUGGUCAGGAUGCUCCGACAACAUUGCCUACGGGGUGUCGCUGUCGAAGAGGUUCGUGGACGCGCGGGACAGGAAGUUGGUCAAGAGGAAGAGGUCAGGUCGGGUCAGCAGCAGAGCGCUCAUGAACCUCCACAACAACGAGGCUGGCAGGAAGCUGAUCGAGGUCAACAUGCGGGUGGAGUGCAAGUGCCACGGCGUCUCAGGGUCAUGCGAACUCAAGACGUGUUGGAAAGCAAUGCCCAGCUUCAGGGAGAUCGGCGAGAUACUGAAGGAGAAGUUCGAUGGCGCCACGGAGGUUCGGGUGAAGGAGGUGUCGGGUCGCGCGGAGCUGGAGCCCAACAAGCAGUACUUCAAGAAGCCGACGGAGGUGGACCUGGUGUACGUGUUCUCCUCGCCCGAGUACUGCGACUACGACAUCAACAGUGGCUCCCUGGGCACGCACGGACGGCGGUGUAACAAGACGUCGAGGGGUCUGGACGGCUGCGACCUCCUGUGCUGCAGCCGCGGGUACACCAGCACGCAGGAGCAGGUCAAGGAACGCUGCUCCUGCAAGUUCCACUGGUGCUGCUACGUCAAGUGUGGCACCUGCAUACGUGACGUCACCGUGCACACCUGCAAGUAGCACCCCUAGGACACCCCGCGCCCCACACCUGUCAUAUAGCACCCCUCCCUCCCCACCACACCUGUCACCCCCUCUCCCUCCUUCCCUCCCCCCACACACCUGUCACCCCCUUUGCCUCCUUCUUUCCCCCCCACACACCUGUCCAGUAGCACCCCAUCCCCCCAUGUCCCCCCACACCCCACCUGUCACACCCCCUCUCUCUCUCUCUCCCCAAUGUCAAGUAACACCCCCUUUCUCCCCCCCCCACACCUCCCCCCCCCACAUACCCCUGUUAAGUAGCUCCCCCUCCACAUCCACCCCUUCUCUUCCUCCUCCCUGCACCUCCUCUCCCCUCCACCCCCCACCCCCACCUCUCCACCCACCUCCACAAGACUCAUCACCACCACCACCACAUCCCCGAGUGGUGGUGAUGAUGGUGAUGAUGAUGGUGAUGAUGAAGUCACUUUUACCUGAUGUUAGAACUUAAGGAAACUGUAUUUAUGGUGUUUUAAAUAGAUAGUGAAUGGCUGCUAUGGUGAUUCUCUCUCUCUCUCUCUCUCUCUCUCUCUCUCUCUCUCUCUCUCUCUCUCUCUCUCUCUCUCUCUCUCUCUCCUAGUAUGGACCAUGGGGUCUGUGUGGUCUGAUUUUCUAUGUAAAUCUAUGUAAAUUCUCUCUCUCUCUCUCUCUCUCUCUCUCUCUCUCUCUCUCUCUCUCUCUCUCUCUCUCUCUCUCUCUCUCUCUCUCUCUCUCUCUCCUAGUAUGGACCAUGGGGUCUGUGUGGUCUGAUUUUCUUUGUAGAUCUAUGUAAAAAAAAAUUCUCUCUCUCUCUCUCUCUCUCUCUCUCUCUCUCUCUCUCUCU